UGAAACGGCGGCUCAUCGUUGGCUCCCCGGCGAAAAGGAAUAUUAUUUGUGUGUCGGAGACUUUAUCCACCUGAAAUCUGAAUCAUCCUGGUUAAUACUCAGGUCUUAGCUGGGCUUAGUGCUCCGCUCGCAGCCCCUGGAGAAAAUCGUUUGGGGAAGCCAAAGAGGGAGCCAUGUUUCUGUACAACAUCACCUUACAGCGUGCCACGGGCAUCACACAUGCCAUCCAUGGAAACUUCUCAGGAACCAAGUUACAGGAGAUUGUUACUUCCAGGGGAAAGAUCUUGGAAUUGUUGCGGCCUGAUGCCAAUACAGGAAAGGUGCACACUCUGCUCACAAUGGAGGUGUUCGGCAUCGUUAGGUCCCUGAUGGCUUUCAGACUCACUGGAGGAACCAAAGAUUACAUUGUUGUUGGAAGUGACAGCGGUCGUAUCAUCAUCCUGGAAUACCAUCCAUCAAAAAACAUGUUUGAGAAGAUCCAUCAGGAAACCUUUGGGAAGAGUGGCUGCAGACGCAUCGUCCCUGGCCAGUUCCUGGCUGUCGACCCAAAAGGCAGAGCUGUUAUGAUAGGAGCGAUCGAGAAACAGAAGCUGGUUUAUAUUCUGAACAGAGAUGCAGCUGCCAGACUGACCAUCUCUUCUCCACUGGAAGCACACAAAGCCAACACGCUGGUCUACCAUGUAGUAGGAGUCGAUGUAGGCUUUGAAAACCCCAUGUUCGCCUGCCUCGAGAUGGACUAUGAGGAAGCUGACAAUGACCCGACAGGAGAAGCGGCCGCCAACACUCAACAGACGCUCACCUUCUACGAGCUGGACCUCGGUUUGAAUCACGUGGUCCGCAAGUACAGUGAGGCUUUAGAGGAGCACGGAAACUUCCUCAUUACUGUUCCCGGAGGAUCAGAUGGGCCCAGUGGAGUCCUGAUCUGCUCUGAAAACUACAUCACCUACAAGAACUUUGGAGACCAACCUGACAUCCGCUGUCCCAUCCCACGUCGUAGGAACGACCUGGAUGACCCGGAGCGGGGCAUGAUAUUUGUCUGCUCAGCCACCCACAAGACCAAGUCCAUGUUUUUCUUCCUGGCCCAGACUGAGCAGGGAGACAUCUUUAAGGUUACCCUGGAAACAGAUGAGGAAAUGGUCACAGAAAUCAGGCUGAAGUACUUCGACACGAUCCCUGUGGCUACAGCCAUGUGUGUCUUGAAGACCGGCUUCCUGUUUGUGUCUUCAGAGUUUGGAAACCAUUACCUCUACCAGAUCGCCCACUUGGGUGACGACGAUGAGGAGCCAGAGUUCUCCUCUGCUAUGCCCCUUGAAGAGGGAGACACCUUCUUCUUCCAGCCCCGCCCACUCAAGAACCUCGUGCUGGUGGAUGAACAGGAGAACUUAUCACCCAUCAUGUCUUGCCAGAUUGCUGAUUUGGCAAAUGAGGACACACCACAGUUGUAUGUUGCCUGUGGACGAGGACCACGCUCUACUCUGAGGGUCCUCAGACAUGGACUGGAGGUGUCAGAAAUGGCCGUGUCCGAGCUGCCCGGUAACCCCAAUGCUGUGUGGACGGUACGCAGACAUGUGGAAGACGAAUUCGAUGCCUACAUCAUUGUGUCUUUCGUGAACGCCACUCUGGUUCUGUCCAUCGGAGAGACUGUAGAGGAAGUGACUGAUUCUGGAUUUCUGGGAACAACGCCCACUCUCUCCUGUUCUCUGCUGGGUGAAGACGCCCUGGUGCAGGUAUACCCAGAUGGCAUCCGUCACAUUCGAGCUGACAAGCGUGUGAACGAGUGGAAGACGCCAGGCAAAAAAACAAUCGUCCGCUGUGCUGUGAACCAGCGGCAGGUCGUCAUCGCCCUCACCGGAGGGGAGCUGGUCUACUUCGAGAUGGACCCGUCCGGCCAGCUGAAUGAGUACACCGAGCGGAAAGAGAUGUCCGCUGACGUGGUUUGUAUGAGCCUGGCUAAUGUUCCACCCGGUGAGCAACGUUCACGAUUCCUUGCUGUGGGACUGGUGGACAACACAGUCCGGAUCAUCUCCUUGGACCCCUCGGAUUGCCUUCAACCAUUGAGCAUGCAGGCCCUUCCAGCCCAACCAGAGAGUCUGUGUAUCGUUGAGAUGGGUGGAGUUGAGAAACAGGAUGAGCUCGGAGAAAAGGGAACCAUCGGCUUUCUCUACCUCAACAUUGGACUUCAGAACGGCGUGCUGUUGAGGACUGUGCUCGACCCAGUGACAGGCGACCUGUCGGAUACCAGAACACGCUACCUGGGAUCACGACCUGUCAAGCUCUUCAGAGUCAGGAUGCAGGGACAGGAAGCUGUGCUGGCCAUGUCCAGUCGCUCCUGGCUCAGCUACUCGUACCAGUCACGCUUCCAUCUUACCCCUCUGUCAUAUGAAACGCUGGAGUAUGCGUCUGGUUUUGCAUCGGAGCAAUGCCCUGAAGGCAUAGUGGCCAUUUCUACCAACACUCUGAGAAUCUUGGCUUUGGAGAAGCUAGGAGCCGUCUUCAACCAGGUGGCGUUUCCUCUUCAGUACACACCCCGGAAGUUUGUCAUCCACCCCGAGUCCAACAACCUCAUUUUGAUCGAGACCGACCACAAUGCCUACACCGAGGCGACCAAGGCUCAGAGAAAGCAACAGAUGGCUGAGGAGAUGGUGGAGGCGGCUGGUGAGGAUGAAAGAGAGCUUGCCGCUGAGAUGGCUGCAGCCUUCCUCAACGAGAAUCUAUCUGAGGCCAUUUUUGGUGCUCCUAAAGCGGGAGCGGGACAGUGGGCCUCACUGGUGCGUCUCGUCAACCCCAUACAGGGUACAACGCUGGACCAGGUGCAGCUGGAACAGAACGAGGCUGCUUUCAGUGUUGCAGUUUGUCGUUUCACCAACACGGGGGAUGAUUGGUACGUUCUGGUGGGUGUUGCCAGAGAUAUGAUUCUCAACCCCAGAUCAGUGGGUGGAGGAUUUAUCUACACAUAUCGCCUCACUGGCGGAGGAGAGAAGCUGGAGUUUGUACAUAAGACCCCUGUAGAAGAUGUGCCUUUGGCCAUUGCUCCAUUCCAAGGACGAGUCCUGGUGGGAGUCGGGAAACUGCUGAGGAUCUACGACCUCGGCAAGAAGAAGCUGCUUCGCAAAUGUGAAAACAAGCAUGUUCCCAACCUGGUGACAGGCAUCUACCCGGUUGGUCAGCGUGUGAUCGUGUCUGACGUUCAGGAGAGUCUGUUCUGGGUUCGCUAUCGACGCAACGAGAACCAGCUCAUCAUCUUCGCUGAUGACACCUAUCCUCGCUGGGUGACCACGGCCUGUCUGCUCGACUACGACACCAUGGCCUCCGCUGACAAGUUUGGCAACAUCAGCAUAGUGCGUCUUCCCCCAAAUACAAGCGAUGAUGUGGACGAAGACCCCACAGGAAACAAAGCACUUUGGGAUCGAGGCCUUCUUAAUGGAGCAUCACAGAAGGCUGAAGUGGUUGUGAACUACCACGUAGGAGAGACGGUGCUAUCUCUCCAGAAAACAACUCUGAUACCUGGAGGUUCAGAGUCGCUGGUCUACACUACGAUAUCCGGAGGCAUCGGCAUACUUGUCCCUUUCACGUCACACGAGGACCAUGACUUCUUCCAGCAUUUAGAGAUGCAUAUGCGCUCCGAGUUCCCUCCCAUGUGUGGCCGAGAUCAUCUCAGCUUUAGAUCAUACUACUUCCCAGUUAAGAAUGUGAUCGAUGGAGAUCUGUGUGAGCAGUUUAACAGUAUGGACCCUCACAAACAGAAGAGUGUGGCAGAGGAGCUGGACAGAACGCCCCCCGAGGUCUCUAAGAAACUGGAGGACAUUCGCACUCGCUACGCCUUCUAAUCACACCGUGUCAUACAGCAGAGGUGGACACAGACGCACUCUGCUCGCCAUUACCCUCUCUCUCACACACACACACACACACACACACACUGCACAUACUGUUUUGCCACAGUAUGCCUUUUUUAAGAACACACAUUGACAGACUUUUUUGUAUUUUUAAACGACUGACUGUGGGAAGGCCCACACUGAGUAUAUUGAAA